CCAUUCCCUCUCCGACUUCAAUUUAGAGGGAGUCGGGUGGAGCUGGCGAGGUGUAGGGAGGUUGACAGGAUAUUCUUGGCGUUAUAAUAAGCAUUUUAUACUUUUUAGCAUCGUUAUCGUUGGAAAUUGGUUAUCUCGUAAGAUGACGACGACCACUACCUUCCAGGGAAUGGAUCCGAGUUCAAAAAAUAGUUCCAGGGUGCUGUGCCCCCCUGGGGGAGCCUCAAACAUAUCCUUCGGCAUGGAUGAGGACAAGUCACCGACCCGCAAGAACAGAAUGGCCUCCAAUAUCUUUGCUGAACCGGUCGACCCCCACGCCCAUCGACGGAACAACCCACCGGGUGGAAAGGCCAGCGGUGUGCUGUGCGGAGAGCCGUCAGCCCCCCUGAGAAGGUGCCACCAGCAGACUGCCCAAAAGAACUCCAUUUCCGAAGCUCCAACUUUGGAUGGAGAGAGAGAGGAUGCAGAGGCUGAAUACGCAGAGGAAGGAGAGAGCGCAGAGGAGCCAAAGGACGAAGAAGCCCCCCAGCCCUCGCCCCCCACAGUACCUGCGCCAUCCCCCAUGAGCCGGAAAAACCCUCCAGGGGGGAAAUCCAGUCUGAUCCUGGGUUGAGACGUCCCCCCCCCCCUCCCUUCACAAAGUAUUUUUCAUCCCCCACUUACGUGUGAGCCAUGGAAUUUAGUUUUUUAUAUAUAAAAAGUCCCCUUUUUUUCUAAAGCAUUGAGAGAAGCACUUUAUCCCCCCUCCCAUAUCAGCCCAUCUGGAAAAGGCAUGAAUUUCUGCUUGUCUUUCAUUCUUCCCCGGUGUAAAUGGUUAAAUGCCUGAUGUGCAAAUUUCUAAAUAAAAUAAAGAUUGAUAUAAGGUC